ACUCAGUUGGCUUUGUCCAAUCCAUUCAUAUAUGGAGAAAAAAGCURCGAAGGAUCUGCUUUACUAMCUGCGGUUUUUACACUCURUCUGUAGAAASAGUAUCUUUUUAUUGCUAAUUAUAGACAAGAAGAAAUGUCCAUCGUAGUAGAGAAAAUAGCUGAAAUUCCAAAUUUGAUGGUUGGRGAAGGUYCGCAUCGGGAUGUCAGAACUCAAGCGCUUUACUUUGUCGAUAUUAUCGRAAAAUCUGUGCAUAAAUAUGUYCCGGCUACUGGACAACAUACCAAGGCCACCUUUGGUAUAUAUUUUUUUGAACAAKGGCUAAAAUUCCCGAGAACCGAACUAAUUUUGAUGCAUAUCCCAGAACGGRCGCUUUUUUGUCGCUCCAUAAUGGAAAACGGGCUGGCUUGGAAMGACAGCUCAAAGAAAUUAUACUAUAUUGACUCUUCAACAACAAAAAUUGAUGCKUUUGACUUCGACGUAAACACCGGAGCUAUAUCUAAUAGGAAGGCAAUCUUCACCUUCAGCAAACAUGGCAUUGAGGGAAUACCAGACGGCAUGACUGUAGAUGUGGAAGGGAAUCUUUGGGUGGCCGAAUUUGGGAUUACUUCUGUUGGAUGGGGAGGCGCUGGACUAGACGUUUUGUAUGUGACUUCAGCAAGCGUUCUUUCGCGAGGAGUUUAG